AUGGUCUCCGCGGUGUCAUGGAGUCUGCUCGGGCUGACCGCUGUGGCCGUGGCGCUGGAGGUUGUGUACCGCUUCUUGACGAGGAGGAGGCCGGUGAGAGAGGUCCUCUUCUUCCCGGCUCCUCUAGUCUGUACGGAGCCGCUGCUGAGCCCAGGGACCUGGUGCUCCUGCCCGUUACCUCACGACCUGGACGGCGCCCUGCCGCAGCUGAUGAGGCGGCUCCUCGCGGCCCGGCGCUCUCUGGAUCUCUGCGUCUUCACCUUCUCCAGCGCUCCGCUGGGCCGGGCUGUGCUGCUGCUCCAUGGCCGGGGGGUCCGGGUGAGAGUCAUCACCGACAGCGACUACAUGGCGGCCUCUGGUUCUCAGAUCGGCGCCCUGCGGAAGGCGGGUGUGGAGGUCCGUCACAGUCAGUCCUCUGGCUUCAUGCACCACAAAUUUUCGGUAGUGGACAAGAGCAUCGUCAUAACUGGAUCCAUGAACUGGACUAUGCAGGCCAUCCAGACAAACAGAGAGAACCUCCUUAUCACAGAUGAUGGCAUCUGCGUCAGGGCUUACAUGGAGGAGUUUGAACGUCUCUGGGAGGAGUAUGACCCCGCCAGCUACAGUUUCUUUCCGGAAGAGGAUGAGAAGGGACCCUGAUGUCUCAUUUGUGACCACCCUGCCACUGGACACACACAGCGAUCAGUGGUGUUUUAAGAGGAUCGCUUAUUGUUUUAAGUUUUACUUCUUCAAUUACUAAGAGCCGCCCGGUCCAGCAGAGAACCAGCAGCGUGGUAUCUGUCACUGGAGGACAUGGAUGUAGAUGGCCUUGCAUGUAGCAUAGAUCAGGAUGGAGGAAGCUGUUCGGUCCUUCACCCGUAUGCAGUCCAGCUUUCUGUAGACCGUUCUCUAAGUACACACAUUGAUCUGCACAGGCCACGUCUGUAGCUGGGAUAACACAUAGUUACCUGGAGGGUGCAUGGCGCGAUACUACAGUAGGUACUAUGUUUCUGAAUGUUAUUAAGAGUAGUCCUCUAGAUGUCAAUACACAUUAAAUGAACGAUGGCCGAACCUGCCGAUUUCCUUAAGAGUUGACUCUAGUA